AUGGAAAGAUUACAACAGCUAGCAACUCAUACAAUUGCUGCAAGCUCAGGACCACAAAGAGCAUUGCAUCCUUUAGAUCCACUAUCUGCACAAGAAAUAAAAGAAGUAAGUAGCAUUAUCAAGGAACAAUACUCGGGCAAGAAGCUUAAUUUCAAUACUAUUACUUUGAGAGAGCCAAGUAAGAAGGCAUAUUAUAGCUGGAAAGAAAAGAAUGGGCCUAUGCCACCUCGUUUAGCGUAUUAUGUGGUUAUCUUAGAGGGUGUGAGUGCGCUCCAGGAAGGAGUGGUUGAUAUUGGUAGCCACAAGUUUGUUGAUAAGCGUCAAGUUGAUGCCGUGCAACCAAUAUUGACACCGGAUGAUUUGCGGACUACAGAGGGUAUAGUGAGAAACGAUGCUGCCGUGAUAAAGCAAUGUGAGAUCAGCGGAGUGCCAAAAGAAGAGAUGAAGAAUGUCUAUUGUGAUGCAUGGGCCAUUGGAUAUGACGAAAGAUGGGGUGCAUCCAAAAGAUUACAACAAGCUUUGAUGUACUGGAGAUCUGACGAAAAUGACUCCCAAUACUCACAUCCAUUAGACUUUUGUCCUAUUGUUGAUAUGAAUGCAGGGAAGGUUAUAUAUAUUGACAUUCCAAACAGAAGAAGAAAAGUUUCCAAGCAUGAACACGCUAAUUUUCAUCCAGACCACGUAAAGUACGAAUUUGGAACUACAGAAAACCCAUCGGGUUAUAGGACGGAUUCUAAGCCAAUAAAUAUCACUCAACCCGAAGGCGUUUCCUUUAAAUUUGAAGGUAAUGUAAUUGAAUGGUCAAAUUUCAAGCUCCAUGUUGGUUUUAAUUAUAGAGAAGGAAUUGUAUUAAGUGACGUUGCUUAUAAUGACCACGGUAAAGUGAGACCCAUCUUCCACAGAAUCUCAUUGGCAGAAAUGAUAGUUCCCUACGGAUCACCUGGAUAUCCUCAUCAUCGUAAACACGCUUUGGAUAUUGGUGAAUAUGGUGCUGGGCAUUGUACCAACCCGCUUUCAUUAGGUUGUGAUUGUAAGGGUGUAAUUCAUUACAUGGAUGCACAUUUCCCUGAUAAAGAUGGUGAGCCUACUACUAUUAAGAAUGCCAUAUGUGUGCACGAAGAGGAUGAUGGGGUUCUAUUCAAACACUCUGAUUUUAGGGAUGACUUUCAAACUACUAUUGUUACCAGAGGCACAAGAUUAAUUAUUUCCCAAAUAUUUACAGCUUCAAACUAUGAAUAUUGUUUAUAUUGGAUAUUCAAACAAGAUGGUACAGUCAAAUUAGAAAUAAGGUUAACUGGUAUUUUGAACACAUAUAUAUGUGCAGAAGAUGAAGAUGUUGGACCUUGGGGAACCCAGGUUUACCCUCAAGUUAAUGCACACAACCACCAACAUUUAUUCUCACUUAGAAUCCACCCUAGAAUUGAUGGAGAUAAUAAUUCAGCAGCAACAAGUGACUGUAAGCAAUCCCCAUUUCCUUUAGGAUCUGAGGAGAAUAAAUAUGGUAAUGCAUUCUAUAAUGAAAAAACUACGUUUAAAACGGUUAAUGAUUCUUUUACUAAUUUCGAAUCAUCCACUGCAAGAACCUGGGACCUUUUUAAUUCAAAAUCAAUCAACCCGAAUUCUGGAAAACCAGCAUCUUACAAAUUGGUCUCAACGUUUUGUCCUCCCGUUUUAGCUAAGAAAGGUUCGCUUGUUUGUAAAAGAGCUCCAUGGGCUUUGAAUACGACUCAAGUUGUUCCAUACCAGGAUGAAGAUUACGGUUAUGGUAGAUUGUAUCCAUCGGGUGAUUUUGUAUGUCAAUGGGAUGGAGAUUCUGUGCAAGGUAUGGGUAAAUGGGUUAGUGAUGGUAAAGACAAUAUAGAAAAUACAGACAUUUUGUUCUUCCAUACUUUUGGUAUCACUCAUUUUCCAGCACCUGAAGACUUCCCAGUUAUGCCAACUGAAAUCUUUGAUCUUAUGUUACGCCCGAGAAAUUUUUUCACUGGAAAUCCUUGUCUUGACGUUAAGCCAUCCUAUGUAAGAACUACAAGAGAAGUAAAAAAUGACUUGAAUGGUAGAAACACAAGUGCCUUAGGAGCUGAUAAUAGUUCUAGGUUAGCUUUUAGUAAGACUUCGUCAGACUUUUGUUGUUCCAAAAAAUAA